CGGCCGUGGCCUGGGAGAGCCCCAUAGUGUAGUAUGGCUGCGUCUGCUGGAUGUUACUACGGUGUGCUGGGCUGCGCGCUGUCUCUCCUGCUGCUGCCGCCCCUGUCCCGCUGCGCUGCCCGCACUGACUCUCCGCUCCCCGAGGAACUCCCGCUCAUCCUGGGCUUCCGCUUGGAGAGAAGUGACCGACACGCCGCGCUGUCCCCGGACGGAGAGCUUGAGGUAGUGGAAGGCAGUCGGCUGGAGCUGCGAGUUUAUGGCCUGCACCUGCGGGAGGAUAGCGGGCAUAUCCUGGCAUUCACCGAGUACUCCCCGGGCUCGCAGGAUAACCGCAGCUGCCUGGAGGACAGUAGGGACCUGGUUCUGACCCGGCUCAACGUGAGCGACGACGGUUUCGGCGCGGCGGGGGCGGCCAUAGUGCGCCUGGAUGUGCUGCCCUUGCGGAAGAGCCAGAGCUCCCGGGUGUAUGUGCUGUGUACCAGCCGAGGCCCCGGCCUGCCGUGGAAGUUACACACCGGGCCGGAUGGGAGGCUGCGGGUACUGGAGGAGGAGAAGCCGCUGCUGCCGAUCUGGCUACAGGCGUGUAUCAUUGCGGUGUUGCUUACACUCUCCGGGAUCUUCAGCGGCUUGAACCUGGGGCUGAUGGCGCUGGACCCCAUGGAGCUCCGGGUGGUGCAGCGCUGCGGGACGGAGAAGGAGAAGCGAUACGCGUCUAAGAUCGAGCCGGUGCGGCGGAAGGGGAACUACCUGCUCUGCUCCUUGCUCCUGGGCAACGUGUUGGUCAACACCACCCUCACAGCGCUGCUGGACGAGCUCAUCGGCUCCGGGCUGGCCGCCGUCUUGGCUUCCACUACGGGCAUCGUGGUACUGGGGGAGAUUGUGCCCCAGGCUCUGUGUUCCCGGCACGGCCUGGCUGUGGGGGCCAACACUCUCUGGCUCACCCGGAUCUUCAUGCUCCUCACCUUCCCUGUGGCUUAUCCCGUCAGCCGCCUGCUGGACUGUGCCCUGGGCCAGGAGAUCGGCACUGUCUAUAACCGGGAGAAGCUGCUCGAAAUGCUCAAGGUGACGGAGCCAUACAGUGGCAUUGUGCGCGAGGAGAUGAACAUCAUACAGGGGGCUCUGGAGCUGCGCACCAAGACUGUGGAGGAUGUCAUGACCAAAGUGGAGGACUGCUUCAUGCUGCCCAGCGAUGCUGUGCUUGAUUUUAACACCAUGUCCAGCAUCAUGGAGAGUGGCUAUACCCGCAUCCCUGUGUAUGAGAACGAGCGCUCCAACAUUGUGGAUAUCCUCUAUGUAAAGGAUCUUGCCUUUGUGGACCCCGAUGACUGUACCCCUCUGAGCACCAUCACUCGCUUCUACAGCCACCCUCUCCAUUUUGUGUUCAGUGACACAAAGCUGGACGCUGUGCUGGAGGAGUUUAAGAAAGGCAAGUCCCACCUGGCUAUUGUACAGAAAGUGAACAGUGAAGGAGAAGGGGAUCCAUUCUACGAGGUGAUGGGACUGGUGACGCUGGAAGAUGUCAUUGAGGAAAUUAUAAAAUCAGAGAUCCUGGAUGAAUCUGACUUGUAUACUGAUAACCGCAGUAAGAAACGCGUCAAGCGUCGCCAGGAUAGAAAAGAUUUUUCAGUAUUCAAGGAUGCAGACAAUGAAUUGAGAGUUAAAAUCUCCCCACAGCUGCUCCUUGCUGCCCAUCGCUUUUUGUCCACAGAGGUUCCCCUGUUUGCACCUGCGCUAGUCUCUGAGAAGACCCUCCUGCGCUUGCUCAAGUACCCCGAUGUGGUGCAGGAGCUGCAUUUUAAUGAGGACGAUAAAAAGGCAUCAGAGAAUUUCCUGUACCAACGCAGCAAGAUAGCUGAUUACUUCAUACUCAUUCUGCAGGGGAAAGUUGAAGUAGAAGCUGGCAAAGAGAACAUGAAGUUUGAAUCGGGAGCCUUCUCCUACUAUGGUGUCAUGGCCAUAAACACUCCAUCAGCUGCUGAACUCCGCUCCCCAUCCCACAUGAGCAGCCUCAAUCGCUCUAUCUCCCUGAGUUGUCAUGAGAGAUCCGACUCCAUUUCCUCCACAAUCAGUGGCAGUAACACUCAGCUCAGUGCUCAGGCACAGUACAUGGCAGACUUCAGUGUGCGAGCCCUCGGUGAUUUGCAGUUUGUCAAGAUCACACGUGAACAGUAUCAAGGAGCGCUCAUGUCCUCUCGCUUAGACAGCAGCCCCCAGUCCCCGGAGGGAGGAACUCGCAAGCCAGACAGCACCUUAUCAGAGCGCAGCGAAGUUCUGGAGGAUGAGACCACCAGCCUUUUGAACCAGAGAAACUCUCAGCACAGUCUGCAACACAAUGCAGUCUGACCCCACCAUCUGCGUCUGCUUGGUAUUGCUCCUCCACAGGGUUGCAGUAAACUAAGCACUCUGAAUCUUCAUUUGCACCUAAGGCUUAUUCCGUAAUAUGUGACAGGUUAGCGGAGCAACUUGCAGCAUGCAGAGCUUUAUUCCUGGAACAACACUUGGCCUUCAUUAGGACAGAGGGUACCACUGUGCUUGCCUGCGAGAAGAGAGCUCUGCAAGCCGGUUCAUUUGUGUUUACUGAAAGCUGUGGAAUGCUUGGAAGAUCCCUGCGAUGGAAACUUUAAUAAUUGGGAGCAAUAUUUGGCGACGCAGGAGCAUAGAGACUUGUCGUGGGGGGGGGCAGGGUGUGAAUCAAGCAGACAAUGUCUCUGCACCACUCUGGUUUGGAUACCAUGCUCUAUAUAUCAGUAACUCAGGGAGGGUUUUACGGUUCUAAAUGUGCACUGGAGAUACCCCUUCCCUAUUAAGGUUUGGGGGGAGCCUAUUUUUAAGUCUUCCUUGGGUUUGGGAAAUUUUUAGUCUUCCUGUUGGUGUUUGCAGCUUCUUCUGCACUCACCUGUCUGUGGAGUGUUGUGGUAGCGAGCGGUCAGGGCUGCUAUACAGUGCAGUCAUGUCCACAUUGGCCGCUGACCGUCUAUGCACUUAGUAUUUUCUGGCAGUCCUUCCUAAUGAUGGACUCCCAUGAGAUGCAUAUAAUCCCAGUAAGCAAGCAGUAUGGCGGUAACUGGAGCAGUGCUUUCAAUGAGCUUCCAGCAGUAUUUCUCUCAUUCUGUUCAGGCUUCAGUUGUUAUGGCUCUCUAUUUAACCCUUAUCCAGCAAUAAACAAGAGCCCGUUGUGUCAACAUGGAUGUUGCAGAAACCAACUCCUGUUAUAUAUAAUACUUCUAAUGCUUGAAGACUGUAGAUCGAGUGUGCUCAUAGUGGAUAAAAUGCAUGCUGCUCCUGCCUCACGUUUGCAGUGCACUCUGGGUAGGGACCCCAGAGUGUGUUUUACAGGCUGCUGAUUAGGUCUAGUGUGUGCUUGUUCAGGCUUGGCUUUUAUGUUCACUUAACUGUUUACAAGGUUUCAUCCAAAUGCAAAUGAAAAAAUCUAAAACCAAAUGCAAAAUCCCACCUUUCCUUGCUGCCCAAUGUGACCUCUUUCUGACUAGUCCACCUAGGGUUCAUUUGAGGUUCUUACACUGACACAUACAGUAAGAGAAAACCUUUUAAAUGAAGUUUAGGCUAAUGCCACACACCGUGGUGGCUGUUUGGAGUUGAAGAAACUGCCCCAUGUGACAUUAGACCAAGUUCCCAAUUUUAAGUAAAAUACAAGAUGUUUGUCUUUGCAAGGUGAGCGGAGAAGUUAGUGACUAGUCUGUAACUAUGUUGGGCUGUUUUACACCACAACUCGAGCUCCAGCUCUAUGCACUUGUACAGACGCACCACCUGCAGUGUUAGAAUUCUCUGUUCAGAUAGUCACAAUUUUGUUGCUGAUUACUGCAGUCACAAUUGGGGCGCCUACUAAAUGGAGCAUAACCUGGCACUAUAGUUUGUUGGUCAGGGCGAAUCUCAGUUUCUUAGUUUUGAGCAGUAUGUCACAUUCUGGGAAUUUCACUCAGCAUGUAAAGAGCAAGGGAUGCUAUAAUGCUUUAAUUUCUGUAUAACAGUUUCCCUUCCAUCUUUCCUCAGCUUGUACAACAGAAGCACGUGGCUUUCCAUUUAAUUCUGCCAUCUUAUGUAUGUUACAGAAUCCCUUUGCAUGUAGAAACGGCAUGUCAUUUUGUGCACAACAUCCUCACUUACUUACAAUUCCUGCUCCCAGCUGCUGAUUGGUUAGACUCGCUCUCCCAGCCCCACUCUGUUGUGGUGUACUUUGUCAUGUGCUUGCCCUUUAAUCCCACAAAAUAUGUGGGCUGUUGCCUUCUCGCAGGUUAAUCGGUACAUCUUAGGCAUUUGCUUUUUAUAUAGGCAUAGGCAGCAUUACUUUGGGUACAACGCUAUCAAUGAAUGGGUACUAAUCACUGAAAUAAUUAUCUCUAUUAAGCUAAUGGGCACUACAACAAGGAAUUCUGUAAAUAUGUUUAAAAAUUCUCUCUCUAUGACUUUCUCAAUAGCCUGUCUUGGAACAUUGCCUGCUGGGCUGCAGGUCGUAGCAGGUUUCUGCGGGGGGGAUGCAUGUUAUUCAUUGUAUUCAUUGGUUGCUUGUUAGAUUACUUUUGGCAAAUUGUAAUCACCUUGUUCCUGUCUCCAGAUUGAGGGGUUUCGUGUUCAAGGGGUAGCUUACCUUUAAAUUAACUUUUAGUGUGACAGUGUAGACAGUGGUUAUCUGAGGUCAUUUGCAAUUGGUCAUCUUUUUGUUCAGCAACAGUUUAGCAUUUCAGCUAUCUGGUUGCUAGGGCCGAUUUACCUUGACAAUUGGAAAAUGAAUAGAAAAGGGGAAAAAAAUAGAAAGAACAAUACUCUAAAUCAAUUAAAAAAAAAAAAAAA